AUGCCAUCGAACAUAAUCACUUUUAGUGCUUUCAUUAGAAAGGCCAAUUUCUGGUACAACUCAAAUGGAAUUGAGCCCUACGAUGAUGUAUAUGAUGCCGCAGCGGAGAAAUCGGCUGUGCAGGAAAGCAUUGCUGCUAACUUAACACGCGCAUUACGUCAUUAUCUCAGCCAAUUUUUCUCCCUAAUCAUUCUUAUCAACAUGAAUUUCGUGCUACUGACAGAAGCCGCAUUCGUUGUUGUGAACUUUUUGGAGAAUGCAGAUUUCAUGCAGGCAGCCAAAAAUUUAACUUUCCUGGGCUUCGUUUUUGUGGCAGUUUUUAAAACCUGGCAUGAUAAGCGGCAACGUGUGCGCAUCACUUGGCUUAUGCGACAAUUGUACGACAUCUAUCCGAAGCUAACGGUGGAUCAGCCGCAGUACGAGCUACAGCAACAUCUCGAUCACUACCAACGCAUAACUUUCGCCUAUGUUCUCACAAUUGGCUUCACAGCUUGGUGCUACAAUUUCUUGCCUUUGCUAAAUUAUUUAAUUUUCGAGCAAUGGCUACAGCGUGGCACCUGGCAACCAACGUUGCCCUAUUACGUCUGGGUACCCUUUGAGUGGCGCAACAAUUGGCUUUAUUAUCCGCUUUAUGUAUCGCAAGCGCUUGCAACUCACAAUUGCUUGGCAUCUUAUGUUGCCACGGAUUUGUUGUUGUGUGCUGCAGCAGUUCAAUUGAUAAUGCAUUUUCGGCAGUUGUCGCGUAAUAUCGAGCAAUAUGAGCCUAGUGUUGAAAGUGAGUGGAGUAGUGUCAGCAAGGAUUUGAAAUUCUUGUGCGCCAUUGUUUCGCAACAUUACCAUACGCUAGACCUUUGCCAGCUUAUAAAUGAAAUAUUUGGUUUACCAAUGCUCAUCAACUUCAUUUCGAUUUCUUUUGUCAUUUGUUUUCUGGCUUUUCAAUUUACUGUCGGCGUGCCCUUGGGUGCAAUGAUAAUGCUGAUUAGCUAUAUAAAUUGCUCGUUAAUUCAAAUUUAUAUGAUUUGUUGGUAUGGACAGGAGCUCAUAACUACGAGCGAAAACGUAGGUCACGCGGUUUAUAAUCAUAACUGGCUAGCCGCCAAUAUUCGCUACAAAAAAAUGUUGACCAUAAUUAUACAACGCGCACAAAAGUCAGCUACGCUAAGAGCCACCAGCUUUGUAAAUGUCUCCAUGGGGACUUUAACUGAUUUAUUGCAGUUAUCCUAUAAGUUCUUUGCAAUUAUACGAACAAUGUAUGCAAGAUAAGAAAUUUUUGGGAGUAAGAAGCGAUGGAAAAUUUCGAGUAUGCAAAUGAUACACUACGGUCUACUUAACGCUUUAGUGCAUAACUACGGAGAAUUUAUUUGUCAUACGGCCACCAUAUGUUGUGCU